CCUUUAGUGUUACUCCGAGACUCUCAGGAAGUCGGAGGCGAUGGCGGCUUCUUGUAAAGUGGGGAACCUGCUGUUGCGGCCUACCGUGUCCCUAUUAACGGCAUCAUCGAAGUCUCCUCUGACCUUUCUCCCAAGGACUGAUAGCCCCCAGCCAGCAGGGCUUCAAUCUGGGCCUUCGUACCAUGAGCUCCAUUGCGCAAAGUGAGACUUCCAGGGCAGCUGCCUCUGAAGCCCCAGGCCACAGCUAUGAGUCCCUGCAGGUGACCUGUGCCCAGAAACAUGUUCUCCACGUGCAGCUGAACCGGCCUGAGAAGAGGAACGCCAUGAACAAGGCCUUCUGGAGGGAGAUGGUGGAAUGCUUCAACAAGAUAGCGCAGGACCCCGAUUGCCGGGCUGUGGUGAUCUCCGGUGCAGGGAAAAUGUUCACUUCAGGUAUUGACCUCAUAGACAUGGCGUCAGACCUCCUGCAGCCCCAAGGAGACGAUGCGGCCCGCAUUGCCUGGUACCUGCGAAACUUCAUCAGCACCUACCAGAAGACCUUCAGCGUCAUCGAAGAGUGCCCCAAGCCCGUGAUCGCUGCUGUCCACGGACCCUGUAUUGGCGCAGGCGUGGACCUCAUCACCGCCUGUGACAUCCGCUACUGUGCCCAGGAUGCCUGGUUCCAGGUAAAGGAAGUGGACAUUGGCCUGGCAGCUGAUGUGGGGACGCUGCAGCGCCUGCCCAAAAUCAUUGGAAACCAGAGCCUGGUCAAUGAGCUGGCCUUCACCGCCCGCCAGAUGAUGGCUGACGAGGCCCUGAGCAGUGGGCUGGUCAGCCGCGUGUUCCCCGACAAGGAGCGCAUGCUUGAUGCUGCGUUCGCCCUGGCCACUGAGAUUUCCAGCAAGAGCCCGGUGGCCGUGCAGGGCACUAAAGUCAAUCUGCUCUACGCCCGCGACCAUCCAGUGGCUGAGGGCCUCAAAUAUGUGGCUUCCUGGAACAUGAGCAUGCUGCAGACCCAGGACAUUGUCAAAUCUGUCCAGGCUGCGAUGGAGAAGAAGGACAUGAAGAGCGUGACCUUCUCUAAGCUUUGAGAGCUCGCAGCUCCCAGGCCCCAGCCUGGGGUGGUCAGGGUCAGAGCUCAUCGCCUUCCGCCUAUUUUCUUAUCAAUGGGAAGGGCGGAUUGGUGAAGAUGGUCUUCUGUGUGCCUUGCUACCCAGUCUCCAGUUUAUAAUUUUAUGACACAGAUUUCUCCAAGCCUAGGGCCUUAUCUUUACUCUCAAACAAUAAAAACUUGUAAAGAA